UCAGCCUCCCUCUCUCUCUUUCCCCACCCCCUUUCUCUCUCUCUCUCUCUGAAAACUCCUUUUAUUUCUUCACCUCCAUCCUGCUCCUUACUCGCUAGGCUAGGAAACUACAAGCUCUAGGCAACGAAGAUUUCAUUAGGUGAACAUGACAAACUCGGCGAAGCUGAACCGGACAAUGGGACUCCAAAGGUCAUCAACUUCCAAUAAGCAGAAGGUGCAACCCAUCACGAAAGUAGUUAAGAAUGACGAGAACAGUGUCGAUCUUUCCUUAGCAUCAAUCACCUCAAACUUGCAUGAUAUCUCUACCCCUAAUGGACCAAUCUCCUCAGAUUUAGCUUAUAAUUCAUGGGUGGCCGAGCACCCUUCUGCAUUAGGCUCAUUUGAUCGGAUGAUGAAAGCAGCAAAAGGGAAGCGGGUGGUUGUUUUCCUAGACUACGAUGGGACCCUUUCACCAAUUGUUGAUGAUCCUGAUCGUGCCUUCAUGUCUGAUGAGAUGCGUGCAGCAGUGCGGGAAGUUGCCAAGUAUUUUCCAACGGCAGUAAUUAGUGGAAGGAGUAGAGAUAAGGUAAAAGAAUUUGUACAGUUAAGUAAUGUAUAUUAUGCUGGAAGCCAUGGGAUGGAUAUAUUGGUCCCAACAGGGCCACUAAAUCCCUGUGAUGCCAAGAACCACACUGCAGCCAUUGAUAAAAAGGAGAGUGACGUUCUCUUUCAACCUGCUAAAAGAUUUCUGCCUGCAAUCCAAGAGAUACGAACACUGUUAGAGGAGAUAACCAGGAAAGUAGAAGGUGCUAGGGUAGAGGACAACAGAUUCUGCAUUUCUGUUCAUUUCCGCAAGGUCCGGGAUGAGGAUUAUGACAUAUUAGAAGCAAAGGUGAAGUACGUACUUAAAAACUAUCCCGAAUUUCAUCUCACCUUGGGCAAAAAGGUCUUGGAAGUACGGCCAUCCAUAGAAUGGAACAAAGGUCAUGCCCUAGAAUAUAUACUUGACACUCUUGGAUUCAGCAGUUCCAGUGACGUCCUCCCGCUGUACAUUGGGGACGAUCGGACUGAUGAAGAUGCUUUCAAGGUGAUACGAAGUAGAGGACUAGGGUUUCCGAUAAUUGUGUCUUCAACCCCGAAGGAUACCAAAGCUUGCUAUUCCCUGCACGAUCCGUCAGAAGUUUUAACUUUCUUGUUGCGGCUUGCAAGGUGGAGAAAAGAGUCUUCUUCUAGCAGGUCACUUGCUCAAAUUUGGGGUCCUGGGAAUUUACCUAGAUCAGUCAAUUAACUAGAUUUUGUGCAUAAACAUUUAAGAAAUAUUAUUAGGAUUAAGGUCAGUAUUUGUUAUGGCCUUAACAACCCUAAUAUAUAUAGCUAAGUUAUCGGUCGAUGAAAAUGAAGGAAUAGAGUUACUUUUUGUUGUUGGAGAAGGCAUAGAGUUUCACUGCUAUGUUUUAGUCUGUUUCAGUGAAACUCUGGCCCAUCCCCAUGCAUUUAACAUACAUACAUACAUAUGUAUGUGUGAAUGUACGUAAUUUCCAGCUUUUUUUUUUUAAUGUGUCUGGUGUGUGCUGUAUCAUGAAAUAUUGUGCAUAUACUGGUUAAUAUUGGAGUAUUUUCAUG